AUGGCGGCGUCCUUGGCAGAGACGGCACUCCCGAGUCAGGAGGAGAUCAACACGCUUGGGCUGGCCACGGCAGUGGGGCCCAUCGCCACCUGGGCCGGCCUCGCGGAGGAGCCCUUGGCGCAGUUGUCCGAGGUCUUGGGGUUCAGCUCUGUGCAGGACUUCAAGCAGGCGCCGCCGCGCCUGCUGGCGGCGUCCCCGCCGGAGGCAUUCGAGGAGGCGCUCAAGGAGUGGAUGGGCGCCUCAUUCCUCUCCAAGGCUGGCGCGCGCCUCCUCUACAAGGUAGCGGUGGCGCUGUGCACGGCCAAGGUCUCUUCGGAGGCCAGGCCGGCCGAGGGGGGGGCGGCGACCACCAAUGCGAAGAAGAAGCUGAAGCUCGCGCACCUCAUCGACAGCACGGACGACACGGAGAUCAACGCGCCCGACACGGACCAGGUGACACGAUGGUUCGAGAACUACGCCGAGAUCAAGCACGGGGAGCCGCUCGAGCACCACGAGCCGACCCCGGACCAGAUCGCAGCGCUCCACACCCGCGUUGUGGAGCUGAAGGCGGAGCCGUACGCGGACUUCUCGCUGCUCACGCCUUACGGCCGCCGCAUGGCCAAGAUCCUCCGCCACCGGAGCUGGUUCCUCCAGGAGGACGGCUCCUACAAAGCCAUGGAGGUACCAGGGCCCGCGAGCUUCGAGGUCUGGGAGAAGUGCUUCGACGUCUACGAGGUCAUCCUCCUCAUGCUCCGCUUUCCGCCGGCUGCGGAGGGCGACGGCCGCCCGGAGGUCGUGGUUACGCCAAUCGCGAUCGACGCUUACCGGGAGGCCUUCAAGCAGCUGUGCAAGGAGCACCCGGAGUGUCGGCACCUUUGCCAGCGCGCCGAGGACCGCUGCCGGGCGGAGCACUUCGCCAGGGUAGCGCGCAAGCUCCGGGACAAACACCGGCGCAAGCCUACUUGGAGCGAGGUCUUCCAGGAGGCUGCCUUGGACGACCGCUACUGGGACCGCGAAGUGCGGCGGCCGGCGCUGGGGUUUCUCGCCAGGAACAAGCGCCCCCAGACGGACGGCGACGACGCUACUUCAGCAGCGUCGCAGGAGCCCCCGGCGAAGAAGACGGUCUCCCAGAAGCGCCGGGAGAGGAAGCAGAAGCUGGUGGAGGUUGGGAGCGAGAGCAAUCCAGCGAAGGGCAGCCGCAAGGGCGAGACACACCCCAGGAAGGACAAGCAGGGCCGGUUCAUUACGACGCGGGAGGGGCAGGAGAUCUGCUUCAAGUACGCGAACGGCCCCGACAAAGGAGAGUGUCGUCUCGGUCAUCGACCAGACCAGAUGGGCACGGACCAGUGCAAUGGCUCCAGCCAAGAGGCCGUGGAGUUCACCCAGGAGGCGCUCCGGAAGGAGUUCGGGGCUUCGCGUUCGGACCCCGGCACCGUUUUCGACCACCAGCUAUGGAAGUCACUUUUGGACGCGGCGGGAGAUCCAGGGACAGAAGUUCCGGGCUGGCUCCGGCACGGUUGCCCGACCGGCAUUGGGGAGUCGAAGGUUCGCACGUGCGGCAUCUUCCCGCCGGUGGACCAUGCCAGCGCAGCCAUAGAGAAGGCCAGACAGUUCGCUGCCCUCCGGGCCGCGCAGGAGUGGAGGCACGACCUCCACAAGAACUACGCCAGCUUCUACACCGACGGCGGCGCUCUGGCGGAGCAGGAGGUCCAGCGCAUCGAGCAGCGCGGCUACAUCGAGAUCAUCCGCGACUGGGACGAGGUACGCAGCAGAUGGCCCGAUGCGACGGCGAGCAAAGUUGCGCUCCUCGUCAAGACGCGGGAGGACGGUUCGACGAAAGCCCGCAUCAUCAUCGACCUACUGCGCUCGGGGGUCAACGGGGGAGUCGCCCUCCCAGAGCGCGUGGUCCUACCCCGCUUGUCGGACCUCACGGCCGCGGUUCUCGACCUCAUGGAGAUCGACGUCAGGGCCGACUGGCACCCGGACGAGGAUUGGUACGAGCUGUGCACGGUGGACUUCGAGGACGCCUUCCACACCCUAUCGCUCCGAGCAGCCGACCGGGGGAAGAUGGUCUUCAAGACGGCGGCUGGCUGGGCAGUCUUCCGCCGCCUGUGCUGCGGGAUGGCUUCGGCCCCCUUGGUUUGGGGCAGAGUCGGCGCCGCUGCGUGCAGGCUGGGCCAGGCGAUGUUCCAACCGCACGAGCUCAGAAUCCAGUGCUUUGUGGGCGACCCCGCGAUCUGCACUCGCGGCCCCCCGCACCAGCGGAAGCGGCUCUUGGGUGCGCUCCUCCUGUUCUGGGCCGCGCUUGGUUUCAGGCCCAACUGGAAGAAGGCCAUUCGCGGGCAGACCGUGCCCUGGAUCGGGGCACAACUGGAGCUCCAGCGCCGGUGGUGUCGGAAGUGCCGCCGGCACGCGUGGGGCCUCCAGGUCACGCUGGCUCCGAAAAAGUGCCGGGAGAUCGUCGAGGCCGUCGACGCGAUCCACCGCUCGACGGGCGUUGUCCACGUCAAGGAGGUUCGCAAGAUCGCCGGCCAGCUCUCGUGGGCCAGCGGUCUACUUCCUUGGCUUCGCGGGUUCAACGCCUGCCUGUGGGCGGCGUUGGCGGCGCACGACCAGGAGCAGAACGCGCAGGCCUUGAGAUUCUCGGCCAAGAAGCGGCCCGGCCAGCUCUUCUUCUUGCUGCGAAUCCAGCAGGCGAUCACCUGGAUCCGCUUGCUGUUUGCCGGGCUCAUCCGGGACCGCGAGGGCAAGGCGAUCACAGUCCAAAGAUGGACAACUGCGACAACCCGCCUAGCCGACCUGUCGGCGUGCAUCCGCACCGACGCGUCCCCGUACGGGUUCGGCGCGAUCUUCUUCGUCGAUGGGGCGCCGCGCGCCUGGAUCGCCGAGGAGUGGGCGGACGCGGACCUCGAGCUGCUCCACGCGACCCGCGGGGACCCAGCGUGGCAGGCCGAGUGGGAGUUGCUCGCGCUCCUGGUUGCCGUGGAUUGCUGGAUGCCGCGCCUCAAGGACGAGGCGCUCGCGCUGCUCCAGACGGACGCCACCGCGGCCCUCUUCAGCGCAGCCAGGCUGGCCGGGAGAACGCCGCUCAUGAAUGCUCUCGCGGCGGAGUUGGCGCUGCGGUUCGAGAGCGCGAAUGUCCACGUCAGCCUGGAGCACGUUGCGGGCACGCUGAACUUCGAGUGCGACGCGCUGAGCCAGAUUUCGCAGGGCGCGGCGAUUCCGCGCUCGCUCAGGGCUGACCGCGUGGCCGCUACGAGGGCCGGGGCUGGCGCCCGCUCGGCUGCCCAUGCUGCGUCGCUGGCGUCGGCGAUGGCUGGCCCCGCGGCCGCCUCGGGCGCCGCUCCUGCACAGCUUCCGGCUGCGUCGCGCGCGUCGGCGAGGGCCGACCGCGCGGCCGCUUCAGGAGGCGGGGCGGGCGUUGGCUCGGCCGCCCGCGCUGCGUCGCAGGCGUCGGCAAGGGUCGGCUCUGCGGCCGCGUCGGGCGCGGAGCUUGUGCCUCGUAAGAGCAGGAAGGAUUUCCCAGACGUCAGGGCGACAAAACGCCCCUGCAGAGCAGAGGUGCUCACGGCCAUCUCCACGAUCAAGGGGAAGGAGGAGGUCCUCGCCAGGCUCCUGCAGGACACUUCAGCGGCCAGCAGCAAGCUCACCGCCGACUCGCUGUGGGCAACCUGGUCGGUGUUCCACCAGGCUUGGUUUGGCGAAGCGACGCCGGCCCUCCCGCUGAGCGCGGAGACGGUCUACGCUGUCGCCGCUUGCUUCAAGCAGGGGGGCUACCGGGGGUUCCCUGCGUACAUGGCCAAGGCUAAGGAGGCCCACACCCUCGCCGGCUGGCCGUGGGAUGAGCAGCUGGACCUUGCUCGGCGGAAGGCCACGGCAUCGGUCCUCCGGGGCUUGGGCGUUGCGAGACAGUCGGCGCCCUUCGACCUCAACGCAGCGGUCAAGGCGGUGCGCGAGGGCAGCGUCCACCUGGGGCCGCUCGCGCCCGUGGGACGGGUGAACUUCCUCAUCGUCGCCUCCAUUUUUGUCAUGCGGGAGAUCGAGGCGGCGUUUGCCAAGGUCGGCCACGUGACCUUCAACAGGGACGAGCGCAAGGUCAGCCUCAGGCUCCCAGUCUCCAAAAGGGACCCGCGGGCCGUCGGCUGCACGAGAACAUGGGGUUGCACGUGCGCGAGCCCGCUGUCUCGUGAAUUGUGCCCGUAUUGCGCGGCAGAUGAGCAGUUGGGCAUGCUCCGGGACAUGUUCGGCCCGAGCUUCGAUGACGACUUGCCGCUCUUCCCAACCCGCACUGGCGGGGUCUGCCUGAAGGCCAACAUCGUGGCGGCGCUCGAGGCCACCGUUGCGGCUUACGGAGGCGCUCCAUUCCCGAGUGGCGCGAAGGCUUUUGGAGGGCAUUCUUUCAGAGUCACGGGAGCCCAGAGGUUGGCCAUCGCAGGGAUGGAGGUGCACAAGAUCAUGCUGCAUGCGCGGUGGGCCGGCGACACCGUUCUCCGCUAUAUCCGCGAGGCGCCCUUGGAGAAUCUCCCAGCGGAGGUAAUCGCUCUCGAGGAGAAGCGCUCGCUCAUCGAGUCCCUCACCAAGGCGCAGGACGACGUGAUCAAGGUUGGCGACCAGGUGGCUGCCCAGAAGCAGGACGUCGCGGACGCGCUGGCCGCCCUGCAGGAGCGGCUCGCCAAACUCGACGCCGGCUCCGCCAAGCCAUACGUCAGCGGCGGAGGCUCGAGGAGGUUCCGGGUCCACGAGGUCGCAGUGGAGGGGCUCGACGUCCCCCCGCAGCUGUGGAGGACCAAAUGCGGCGUCAGGUUCGCCCACUGGUGCUUCACGAAGCACGCCUCCCUGGCGUCCGUCCGCACCGAGCUCGUCGGCUUCGAGUCCCUCAUCGUGUUCGGAAGGCUCCACGUCUUGAGCACGCGAGACUGA